AUGAAUAAUUCUAGGUAGCCAACCAUUGUAUCAACAAAAGAAGUUCUCAAUCGAGCAUAAGAUCCAAUGAAAGAUCCUGGGAAUGCUGAAAGCGUUGGUCAAUCUGCUACUAAAUAACUAUACUAAGUUAUUGCAAACCCAAGAGCAAACUUCAUAUUCAAAGGCAUUAAUACUCAUAACCAAGGUGCUCAUGCUCCGUAAACUACAACUUAGAAUUUUGACUUUAAUAGGACGGCAAGAUCCUCCAUGGAAAGAAUAUAUAAGAGUUCUACUGUCACAAAAGCCUCUUCAAAUUAUUAGGCUCCUGUGUAUGUAGAAAACAAGUAAUUCUUCUACGAUAUUGCAUUUAUCCCAGCCUAAAAGGAGCACAAGUAAAUAGAUAAAGAUUUGAUACAUGAAUCUGUUUACGGCAAGAAUUGGAGAGAAAAGAUCACAAAGUCAAUGGUGACAUAAAAGCUUCAUAAUGAAUCACAGUAGUUUAAUAAGCAUCUGGCCUCUACUGAAUCGAGUAUUCAGGACAACAUAAUGCCUCAGAUAGUCGUCAAUAAGAAGAAAAAGAAUCUUAAUGAGGUAUCUUCACUUUACAUUUCAUCAGAGGAUGAUUCAGAAAGACCUGACACAAAUGAGAGCAAGAGAUUUGAGAAUGAAGGAUCUCCGAAAAACAAGGCAAUUAACCAGAGUAUGGGAAUAAAAAGCAUUAUGUCCAACUAUUCUACUAAAAUGUCUAAGUUCAACACAACUUCAAGAUUUAAGUAAUCUCAUAACACAAGAUUGAUGGGAAGAGGUAGUUCUAUUCAGCAUCAGGAGUAUAUACUAGAAGAUGAGAAUGAAAAAAAUGCAAUUGCAGACUCAAGAUACGUUGUCAGACCUAAAAAGACAUUUAAUUUCUCUCAAAGAAUCAGUGAGUAAGCUGUAUUCGAUUACUACAGGAAUUUCAAGAAUUUAAAGGCAUCAAUCGAAAGAGAGGAUGAUUAAGUAUUUCCAUAGUCAGCCUAUAUAAGCUCAUGUGAGAAAUCAAAUUUAGUUCCUCGACCUUAUGGACUUGUUUCCUACAAAGGAGAUGACGAAGAACUUAAUGUUAAAAAUUUUUUGAUGGGUAAUAAGUAUGCGAAAGCUUAUAGUAACGGUUUGAAACUACUAAAGACUAAAAAAAUUAAUGUUUCACAUAAUAGACUAAAUGCAAAUGGCACUAUGAACAUUUUGAAAGGUUUGAAUAAGUAGACAGUUGAGGAUGUUGAUUUGAGUAAUAAUAAGAUGGGACUUGAAGGAGUCAAAUAUCUAGCCGAUGUGAUAGUAUAAGGUAUAGAAGGAUUAAAUCUCAGAAUUUUAAAGCUUGAAUAAACAUAGCUUGCUGAUGUCUCUAUAAAUUAUCUAGUAUCUGCUCUUGAUUAAGCCUCAGAUCUGAAUAAGUCUAUUUUAUAAGAGCUGAACUUAGCUUGCAAUUAAAUAUCUUGUAUGGGAGCUGAGAAAAUAGCUUCAUAUCUGACUAAGAAUCCAGUGGCUUUAAGAGUUUUGAAUUUACAUUGGAAUAAAAUUAAGAUUAAAGGAGGGCUUAAAUUAGCUGAAUCACUCUAACACAAUAGUAAUCUUAAAGUCUUAGAUCUGAGUUGGAAUGCAUUAGGUAAAUCUAAUGUAACGUUCGCAGGAUAGAUGACGAUAAAUGACAUUAAAAAGAAGCUAAGAGGAGCAGGUUCAAUAGGAAAUCAAGAAGAAGCAAUGUUCUAAAUAUCAGAGAUGGAAAAAUCAGAGUCUGAGAUUUAAGUUGGUAAAGCUUGGGGAAAAGCUCUGGGGUACAAUAAAUAUCUCAUCCAUUUAGAUCUUAGCUAUAAUUGCUUUGGAGUAGAAACCUGUAGAAUAAUGUAGAAAAAGAUCAAGAAGAAUCAUACUCUCUUUGGGUUGCAUUUAGCAGGAAAUGCUUGCACUGUCGACACUCAUGGAUUUAUUUAGAUAGAAUCUGAUGAACUUUAGUUGAUGUAAAAACCAGGGACAGCUGAAGGUAAAGUAAAGACAGGAAGUGCAGCUAAAAGAAUCACUGCAUCCAGAUAAUAAAAGCAAAGAGCAAAGAAUAGCGUAGCAGAUAUGAUAAUUAAUUCUCCUUAGAAGGAGGUGCUAUUUAAAAGAAUGGAAGGUCUAAAAGCUGUUAUAAAGAAAAGAAAUCAAAGUUUUGGAAAUUCCCCAACUAAAACAAACUUUAGUCAACUAAGCAAUUAUCAUGGAGGUUCUCCAACAUUAAGACCAAACAAAACUAGCAUGAAUAUUGUUGAAAACAGCUACACAAAUUUGCAGUAGAGUUAAUCCAAUUUUAAUUAAGCUGGAGCAGCUCUCUAAAAGUUUAAGGUGAAAGACAAUUGUUGGAUAUGCGAAGGAUGGUCUGAAUUCAGAUUUGAACUCAGAGUACCUUAGCAUAUUGGUGCUGAAGUUUAUUUGCACUUUGAUUUCGAUGACUACAGACCUGACCUUAUGGUUUCAACUAAUGCUGGUGUUUAUUCAUGCUGGAGAAUGGUACCUCCAGGAGCUCAUCAUUAUUUCAUGUCUGUGAAUGGUGAAGAAUACUUCACAAGCGGUACAAAUAUCAUGAUAAUAGAUGAAAACCUAAUAAGAACAAUUGACAAUAAGCUGUAGAAAAAUUUUAAGGCAACUUACAAAAGAAUAUUUACAAAUCAAAAAGUAAACUUUUUAGAGUCUGCCUUUUAAAACGACCACUAACAGUCCAUUUAGUCAAACCAAGUUAACCUCAGAAAUCUAAAUAAUAGUAGUCCUGCCCCUUAAACUCCACAAAGUGCCAGAACGAAUAUGAUGGAAAGGAGACAUUUGGCUUAGUCAAGUAGCAUAGUAUAUUCUAAUUUUAGCAAUCAAGUAGGAAGUUAAGGUCCAGUCAUAAAUAUUCCUGAGACAUUUUCUAUAUCAAGAAUAAAAAACUGCGUUCCAAGACCAGAUAAAAAGUUCUUAACUUAGAAGCAAGAGAGGCCAAGAACACCUUGGACCUUCCCAAUCAGUCUUUUCAGAGAAUAUAAGCCUGAAACUGCAGUACUUGUAAAUGAUUGCUUUGAAUUCGAUUGGUAGUGCUUGAAAAAGCCAAAGCUAAAGAAAUCUACUGAAGAUGAAUUGAAAGAAAAGUGUAAAGAAAUUUAUCCAUUUAUUAGAGAGAUAUAUAAAAGACUUUCUGCUCUAGGUAUUGUUGGAACUAUAUUUUCUAUCGGCUGGAAUGUGUACAGAGAGUUUAUGAUACAAACCUUAAACAUAAUUGAAAAGGAUAAAUUGAAGCCAGAUGAUUGUGACAGACUUUUCAUUGGAGUUAAUGCAGGUAACCAGAGAAAAGCACCAUUCAUUCCUGAAAAAGGUCUUGUUAGAUUUUAAUUCUUAGAGAUAUUGAUAAAAGCAGCAAUUAAAAGAUUUUUUGAAAGUGGGGAUGUAGAAAAUGAGACUGAUGCUAUGGAUAAUCUAAUUAGAGAUUUUAUAGUUCCCCUAAAGGAAACGAAUGAUAUUAAUUAUCCCUAUUUUUACAAUCAGCAUAGAUGGAGAGUUGAAAGAUACUGGAAUGAACCUUGUGAUAAUAUUUACAAGGCUUUCGCACCUCUCUUUACUUAUAUUUACAAUACUUUUGGAGGUACUCAUAAGAAGCCAGGUCAAAAGACUUUUAUGACUUUAGAUGAAUUUGAUUUACUAAUCUAAACAUCUGGAUUGAUAAACGAUUUAUUGAAUCAAAGAGAUAUAGCUCUGCAUUUCAACUUCUCCAUGAUGUGCUAAGUAAACGAAAUAGACUAUGAUAGACAUUUAUGCGCUUAAUAUAUAGAAUUUUUGGAAGCUUUCGCAAGAGCUUGCGAUUAAGCAAGUAUUGUAAUCACCCCAACUCAAACAAAAUCAGGAGAGGAGGGUGAUGAUCCUAAUUAGGAGUAUAUGAUGACUGAGGAGGAGAGAUAAUCUAUGCCUCUUCACAUCAAAAUUGAGAGUGCUAUCCAAUAUUUGUUGAAGAAUUGCUGUAGUUAGAAAGGAUUCCUAGAUAAAUUUGAGAUGCCAAAAAAGCAUCCCUAAGUAGGUCUUUAUAUUCUUCCUAACAAGAAAUAUUUUUGA